AUGUCAUCCGCACCAGACAAAGAGACCGACCACCCUCACCACAUUGACAUUCAAGAUGAUCGCGUGGCGCCACGCGAAGAAGGAGAUGCAAGUCCGGGCAUGCGAAACAGCAAAGGAUGGGACGGAAAGCUUCGAAUCUCCAAAUCUGCUCUGCUGUCCAACCCCGAGGCGCUCUCUGAUCCUGAGUACUCCGAUGACAGCAAUGUCCUACCUGGAGAAGAUAUUAGAGCUGACGAAGAUCUACUCGAAAGUGAGAGCUCCGACAGCGAGGAAAUCAUGUGUUCUCAUUCCCGUAUCGGAUCCAUCUCAUCCCUUCGACUCGAGCGUUUCAAAAACGUCGCCCGGAUAUGCCUUCGGCAGAAUACUAUACAAGAAAUCGAAGGUCUGGCCCCUCUGGCGGCCACAUUGAAAGACUUGGACCUCUAUGACAACCUGAUUUCGCAUAUGCGUGGCAUGGACGAACUCAAAAAUCUCGUCUGCCUGGACUUGAGCUUUAACAAAAUCAAGCACAUCAAGAAUAUCAGCCACAUGACGGAGCUCAAGGAAUUAUUCCUUGUCGCCAACAAGAUCAGCAAAAUUGAGGGACUUGAUACGUUGCAGAAACUUACAUCUCUAGAGCUUGGGUCCAACCGCAUUCGUGAGAUGAGGAACCUCGAUAAUCUCCGAAAUUUGGAGGAGCUUUGGGUGGCUAAAAAUAAAAUCACCGACCUUACUGGUCUGGGCGGCUUGUCGAGCCUUCGUCUUCUCAGCAUUCAGUCAAACAGAAUCAGAGACCUCUCACCACUAAAGGAGGUGCCUCAGCUUGAAGAGCUCUACAUUGCACACAACGCUUUAGAAUCAUUGGAGGGCAUCGAAGGAAACACCAAUUUAACCAUACUAGACAUCUCCAACAACCAAAUUCGCAGUCUCAAAGGCCUGGAAGGGUUGUCCAGGCUUGAAGAAGUCUGGGCCAGCUACAACCAGAUUGGGGACCUUGUAGAGGUAGAAAAGGUGUUGAAAGACAAGGAGAAUCUGACCACUGUCUAUUUUGAAGGGAAUCCGCUUCAGCUCCGGGGACCAGCUCUAUACAGAAACAAGGUCCGAUUGGCUUUGCCACAAGUCAGCCAGAUCGAUGCUACUUUUGUUCGAGUAUAA